UUAAACUUCACCCUUCAACCGCACUUGUGAUUGUUUUUAGUUUGUUAGUUGCCUGGAGCGUUAUUUUAAGAAAGCAGAAGCGCCAUCAUUUGCACACUCCUUAUAGAUCCCACACCUGAACCCUGCCUUCUUUGCUCCAGUUUUGCAAAAGAAGUCAAGAUGAAGAGACACUUACUUUUGUGGGGACUCCUGGCCAUUUUUGUUAAGGCUGUUCUUGUGACAGCCCAAGAUGAAGAUGAAGAUGAAAGGAUUGUUCUUGUUGACAACAAAUGCAAGUGUGCCCGGAUUACUUCCAGGAUCAUCCGGUCUGCUGAAGACCCUAACGAGGACAUUGUGGAAAGAAACAUCCGAAUUGUCGUUCCUCUGAACAGCAGGGAGAAUAUCUCUGAUCCCACCUCACCACUGAGAACCAAAUUUGAGUACCAUUUGUCUGACCUCUGUAAAAAAUGUGAUCCUGUAGAAGUGGAACUGGAAAAUCAGAUAGUUACUGCCACCCAGAGCAACAUCUGUGAAGAAGACAGCGCCACAGAGACCUGCUACACUUACAACAGAAACAAGUGCUACACGGCUAUGCUCCCGUUCACCUACGGUGGAGUGACCAGGAUGGUGGAAACGGCCUUGACCCCGGACUCCUGCUAUCCCGACUAGCUCAGAUCGCUGCUGACUGCACAACUCUUCCUCUUAAGGGCUCUCCAUUUUGAUCCAGAAGUUAAUAUAUUUACAACCAGUGAACUUGAAACUAGAAAUUUUUUUUUUUUGGAUGCCAUAAAACUAACUUUCUCCCCCAAAUAAUUUAAAUGAUAACAUUGUUAUCUUUAUUAGAAAAUUACUACUCAAUCAUGUAUGUUCACACUCUAAACUUUAAAAUUUGUCAUUUAUCAUGUUUGCCUGAAGAGGUAUACUUCCUUAAGAACACAGCUUCUGGCAUUAAAAAAAAAAUAGACAAGGGGAGAAAAAUAAAACUCAAAGCGUAAAAAUCAGGAGGCAUAAGAAAAUGUUACCUUUUUUUGGCUUUUGUCUUGGAGAACCGGAGCUUUUGCAUUUUCUAUACUAUUCUCUUUGUAAAAUGUUUCACUGUGUAGAGAAAGUAUAUAUGUGUAAACAUAUUUCAAUUAUAUAUCUUCAUUAGAAAAAUAAUUGGAAAAGAUGUUUUAGAACUAUUUAUAAAAAUAAUUUAAAAUGAGAUCUCUAAUAUAUAUAUGGUACCAUUAGCUGAAUUAUCAAAUGCUUAAUUGAAAAAUAUAUUUUGACAUAACACACAGACUUGGAAGCAGAUGACACAGAUUUUUCUUUUUUUGAUAACCAAGUUAGAAUAAGAAAUUUCCAUCGGAAACCAUCUAUAUUGUAACUGAAUGUAAUGAAAUAUGUAUUCCAAAAUAUGUACUCUCUAGCACAGUUUGAACAAUUAAAUAGAUUCAUAAGCAUA